CCCGUCGCCACAAGCUGGAUAAGGACAAGGUUCAGACCUGUCGUUUACUGACCUUGUUGUAAACCAAUUUCUUAUUGUGUUGUAAAGCAAAACAGGAUGGCAUCGCCGCCUUUUCCGCCUCUCCCUACCCUACCCUCACCUGCGGGCACCUCAGGAUUCAGAGUUUCUAAAGAGGGCAGCCAUGAAUGAUCAACUAUUUGGUGACCCUGACGCAUCUGGGCGGAAUAAACAGAAGUCAGUUUGUUGACCUGCGCCUACCAUGACCUAUGGAGAAUGACGCCUACAAGAGCGAAGAACAGCUGACCACCAUCGUUCCUGUUGCAGUGGCCGCAGUGGUGGGUACCUACCUGGUGAGCAGGUACUUUAGUAGGAGCAGCAGUUGCUCCAAGGGGAAGGUGAAUCUGACCCUGAACAAGGACAGCCCCAAGGUGGUGCAUAGCUUCGACAUGGAGGACAUCGGCUCCAAAGCGGUCUACUGCCGCUGCUGGAGAUCUAAGAAGUUUCCCUAUUGCGAUGGCUCACACACCAAACACAAUGAAGAGACUGGUGAUAAUGUGGGCCCUCUGAUCAUCAAGAAGAAGGACGCCUAACUCGCCCGUUAGUGCUACAGAAUUGUUAGUGUGUGUGUGUGUGUGUGUGUGUGUGUGUGACAGCUGCUUUUCCUUGGCCAAUAUCAGAUAAAUGAAUUAGAAAUAAUCUGUGCAUUUGCUUGAAACGCACCUCAGAUUCCAUAGCCAAAGACAUUAUCGCCUUAUUAUGUAAGUGGGACUUUCAUAUGUGGGAUGACCACGGCGUCCAUAUGUGUAGACAAGCAGAAUAAGGGUCCAGUGCUGAGACAGAGAUGAGAUGCUUCGGUGCACACACACACACACACACACACACACACAAAGAAAUAGUCUCUCUUUACCUUUCUUAUACACGCACAUUAAGUGACACACUCAGACAAAUAUAUCAACAAAUAAAUCAGAGUCAACUCUUAAAGCACAUGGAUCAGAAACAGCCACAGCACUAUGAAUAACACACAUAACAUACACCAGCUCCGAAGCGGCAGGGAUCAAAUACAGUUUAGAUCAGUCACAUCUUACACUCAAAUAUGGUCAUAUUUCCCCAGAUGUGCAUGGACGGUUACAUCCUACAGUAGGUCAAUUAUGCACACAUUCACACUCACACUGACACACACUCUCUCACACACACACACACACUGAAUACAAGAACAACACACAUAAAUGCAAUUCUCAUCAAACUCGACCACCCACUCACCCAUCUGACCAUGAGGGUCCCCCAAGGAGCUAAAGUGACCCGAUGUGACGGUUGCCAGGGGACUGGGCUUUCAGCCAGCUGAAGACCUGAACCCGAUGAAGGCCGGAUCUGAUGGAGAGUCAUCUACUUCCAGGUCAUCUACUUCCGGGUUAUACUGUCACAGCUGCAUUUCGAAGGCACGUGAUCAAGUCCUUUCCUCUGCUACAUUCUAUGUGUGCAUUGUCACUGUAAUGGCAGUGUUUCCCACAGAAUUGAAUUCUAUUUGUGGUGGUAGGUUUGCAAAAUUAACUUAAAUGCAACAGUUUUUAACAAAUUAGUGCAGUGUGGUUAUAAUUCUAACCAGAUUUAAGCACAAUUUAGUAUAAUCAGGAAAUCAUUAUGUAGUGGUCAAUGUUGAUAUUGUGGUAGGCCGCCACAAAUAAGUCAAUGUAUGGGAAACACUGAAUGGUGAUCUAUGUUGUCCUGUAUCCAGGGAAGAGAUGUCUGUAAUAAACUUUUGUCUCUA